AUGUCGGAAAUCGGUUCAGAAAACAAUAAAGAUAUCCACCCGGUAAACAUCGAAGACGAGUUGCGCCAGUCCUAUCUGGCCUAUGCAAUGAGCGUCAUUGUUGGUCGCGCUUUACCAGACGUUCGCGAUGGUUUGAAGCCGGUUCACAAACGUGUUCUGUUUGCCAUGAGUGAGCUCAAUAACACCUAUAACCGUCCCUACGUGAAGUCUGCACGUGUGGUCGGUGAGGUCAUCGGUAAGUAUCACCCCCAUGGCGACAGCGCUGUGUAUGAGACAGCGGUACGCAUGGCGCAGGAUUUUUCCAUGCGUUAUCUGCUGGUCGACGGGCAGGGUAAUUUUGGUUCAAUAGACGGUGAUCCGCCUGCGGCAAUGCGUUACACCGAAAUCCGCAUGUCAAAAAUGGCCUCCGAGCUGCUUGCGGAUCUCGACAAAGACACUGUCGAUUUUGUGCCCAACUACGACGAAACCCUGACGAUGCCGGUCGUCUUGCCUACCCGUGUACCCAACCUGUUGGUCAAUGGUAGUUCCGGUAUUGCGGUAGGUAUGGCCACCAAUAUUCCGCCACACAACCUUACGGAAGUGAUCAAUGCCACGCUGGUACUGCUGGAUGAUAGUGCCACCAGUAUUGAUGAUCUGAUGCAGCACAUCACCGGGCCGGAUUUUCCAACCGCCGGUAUCAUCAAUGGCCGCGCAGGUAUUGUGCAGGCCUAUCGCACAGGUCGUGGCCGUAUUUACGUGCGCGCACGUGCGGAAGUCGUGGAGCUGAAAAAUGGCCGCGACCGCAUCAUUAUUCAUGAGAUUCCAUACCAGCUGAACAAGUCCAGGCUCAUUGAGAAAAUUGCUGAGCUGGUCAAAGAUAAAAAGAUUGAAGGCAUCACCGAGCUGCGUGACGAGUCAGAUAAAGACGGCUUACGCGUAGUCAUCGAAAUUCGCCGCGGCGAUUCCGGUGAGGUGGUUUUGAACAACCUUUAUACCCAGACCCAAUUACAACAGGUGUUUGGCAUCAACUGUGUAGCGCUGGUCGAUGGUCAGCCGAAGCUGCUGAAUCUGAAACAGAUGCUUGAAGCGUUCCUGCAGCACCGCCAGGAAGUGGUGACCCGCAGAACCCUGUAUCUUUUGCGUCGCGCGCGUCAGCGGGGUCAUAUCCUCGAAGGUCAGGCGGUAGCGCUUGCCAAUAUUGAUGAUGUUAUUGAGCUGAUCAAAAGCUCCGCGUCUGCAGCAGACGCCAGGGUAGCGCUGAUGGAGCGACGUUGGGUCGCCGAGGCUCUGUUUGAUCUGCUUGCGGAAGUGGGCUCGGACGCUUGUCGCCCCGACGGUCUCAGCGAGGAUUUCGGUUUUACCGAUAACCUUUAUCGUCUGACCGAAGAACAGGCUCAGGCCAUUCUGGAGAUUCGACUGCACCGUUUAACGGCCAUGGAGCAAGACAAGCUCAUGGCAGAUUACAAAGGCGUGCUGGAUGAAAUUGCUGAUCUGAUGGAUAUUCUCGGUUCUCAUGAAAGAUUACUGUCGGUUAUCCGUGAUGAGCUGAAUGAAAUCAAAAAGAAUUACGGCGAUGAGCGACGGACAGAGAUCGUCGCUACCCAGCAGGAUCUUUCGGUAGAAGAUCUAAUCAACGAAGAAGAGCUGGUGGUCACUAUUUCCCACCAGGGCUAUGGCAAAACACAGCCACUGGAUGUGUACCAGGCGCAGCGCCGUGGUGGUGUUGGUAAAGCCGCGACCUCUGUCAAAGACGAAGAUUUUGUGGAACACCUGGUUAUCGCAAACUCACACGAUCAGCUCCUGUGUUUCUCUGAUGUAGGAAAGGUUUACUGGCUGAAAGCGUUUCAGAUUCCCCAGGGCAGUCGGGGCGCAAAAGGCCGUCCUAUGAUUAACAUUCUGCCGCUGGCCGCCGAAGAGCGCAUCACAGCGAUCAUGCCCGUCAAGGAGUACGCAUCGGAUCAUUUUGUGUUUAUGGCAACUGCUAACGGCACUGUAAAGAAAACGCCGUUAGAACAGUUUUCACGGCCGCGUCCCAGUGGUCUGAUUGCACUGGAUCUGGAAGAGGGCAACACUCUGGUCGGUGUUGCCAUCACCAAUGGUUCCAGUGACGUGAUGUUGUGCAGCAGCGCAGGCAAAGCCGUGCGAUUUAAGGAAUCCGACGUACGGGCGAUGGGUCGCACGGCUAAAGGCGUACGUGGUAUCCGCCUGCAGAGUGGCCAACGUGUCAUCUCUCUGAUUAUUCCUGCCGAAGGCGGUACCGUUUUGACGGCCAGUGAAAAUGGCUACGGCAAACGCACGCCUAUCGAGGAGUAUCCAGUCAAAGGACGGGGUGGCCAGGGUGUUAUUGCCAUGCAAACCAGCGAUCGCAACGGCGCCAUGGUGGGUGCUGUACAGGUGUUUCCCGGUGAUGAACUGAUGCUGAUCAGCAACAUGGGCACCCUCGUGCGCACAGCUGCGGAUCAGGUUUCAGAACUGGGUCGCAAUACCCAGGGUGUACGUCUUAUCAAUGUGAAAGACGGUGAGCUGCUCAACAGUGUGGAGCGUAUCGCAGAGGCGGUGGUCCACGAAGCGGAUGCAGCCGCUGAAGCGGCUUUAAACGCAGCAUCUUCAGGUGACAGCGAAACCGAUACAGCGGAGAUGCUGGACUUUCAAGGUAGCGGCAUGUCGGUGAUGGAGAUGAGUCACCGAAGUAAAGAAUUUGUUGCAGUUGCAGCCAAGGCAGAAGCUGAUUUUCGUUCUCUGCUGGGUGUGUCUGACGAUUAUCAUGUGCUGUUUCUGCAGGGUGGUGCAACUACUCAGUUUGCAGCGAUCCCCCUGAAUUUAACUGCAUCUGGUGACGUAGUUGACUACAUCGAUACAGGUUCAUGGUCAGCCAAAGCGAUAAAAGAAGCCGGCAAAUAUUGCCUGGUUAAUGUUGCAGCCAGUAGUAAGAGUGGUCACUACAGCUACAUUCCUGAAGUGGACACCUGGCGGCUCAGUGACAAUGCCAGCUAUCUGCACCUCUGCUCCAACGAAACCAUUGGUGGGGUGCAGUUCAAAGAAUUUCCUAAGGUAUCAGCGCCUUUAGUGGCGGAUAUGUCGUCAGACUUUCUAUCCCGACCGGUGGAUGUUGAGCAGUUUGCGCUGAUUUACGGUGGCGCGCAGAAGAAUCUGGGUCCCGCGGGUCUAACGAUGGUGGUUGUACGUAAAGACCUGUGUGGUCAGGCGCGCCACGAAACACCUGGAACGCUGGAUUACGCCGUGCAGGCGGAUGCGGACUCCAUGUCGAAUACGCCGCCCACCUACGCGUGGUAUCUGGCGGGUCUGGUGUUUGAAUGGUUGAAGCAGCAGGGUGGUUUAGAUGCCAUCGCGGCAACAAAUCAACGCAAAGCAGACAAACUUUAUGCAGUGAUCGAUAACAGUAAUUUCUAUCAAUCUCCUGUGCAGCCGGAUGUGCGCUCCACGAUGAAUGUACCGUUUACCAUGCCCGACGAGGCGCUCGAUGCGCAAUUUGUCAGCGGCGCUCUGGAUCGUGGAAUGUCUGGCUUGAAAGGGCAUCGCAGUGUCGGCGGCAUUUUGAGAAUGAACACGGAUGACGACAAGCUUAAGCCGUUGCGUGAGCGCAUCGAUCGCAUAGACGUCGAGCUGCUGCGCCUGCUGAAUGAUCGUGCCCAGUGCGCGCUGGAAGUGGGUGAAAUCAAACAGGGCCAGACGUCGGCUGAACCGCCGGUUUUUUAUCGCCCGGAGCGUGAAGCUCAGAUACUGACUUCCCUGAUGCAGAAAAACCCCGGACCUCUUAAAGAUACAGAUGUUGCAGGGUUGUUCCGCGAAGUGAUCUCCUGCUGCUUGAACCUGGAGCUCCCUCUUACCGUGGCCUAUUUUGGCCCCGAGGGUACCUACACUGAAGCAGCUACGAUCAAACAGUUUGGUCACUUUGCGACUACCAAGCCGCUGGCCUCUAUUGAUGAGGUGUUCCGCGAAGUGGAGUCCCAGGCGGCCCACUAUGGCGUUGUGCCUGUAGAGAACAGCACUGAAGGCAUGGUGAAUCACACCCUCGACUGUUUCAUGGGUUCCAAAGUGAAGAUCUGUGCUGAGGUUGAGCUGGCCAUUCAUCAUGCGCUGUUGCGGGGCGAGGAUGCAGAAGGCGAAAUCACCGAAAUUCGUUCCCAUGCCCAGAGCCUGGCCCAGUGCCGGGGCUGGCUGGACCGCAAUUAUCCUGGUAUUCCGCGUAUCGCUGUGGCCAGUAAUGCGGAAGCGGCCAAACAGGCACUGACUCACCCGCAUAUUGCCGCGAUUGCAGGAGAAAUUGCUGCAGAUCGUUACGGCCUGCGCGUAUUGAGUGCCCGAAUUGAAGAUCAGCCUGAUAACAAAACGCGUUUUAUUGUGCUGGGCCAGGAGGAUGUAGGCCCCAGUGGCAAAGAUAAAUCUUCGCUGUUGGUGUCCGUUCGUAAUGAACCGGGCGCGCUGUUGCGUGUACUUGAGCCAUUUGAGCGCUUCGGUAUCAGCCUGACUCGGAUUGAAACCCGGCCGGCACGCUCCGGUGACUGGUCCUAUGUGUUUUUCAUAGACUUUGAUGGCCAUCAGAGCGACCCGCAGGCGAAACAGGUUAUUGAAGCGAUCAAAGCGGUGGCAUUUGAAGGCAUCGCAGGUCUUCGCCCCUACCAGCCUGGCAAACCGAUAGACGAGCUGGCACGUGAGCUUGGUCUGGACAGUAUUAUCAAACUUGCAAGUAACGAAAACCCUCGUGGUCCGGGUGAGCUGGUGCAACAAGCUAUUCAACGCGAAACGGCAACGCUGUCGCGCUACCCUGACGGUAAUGGUUACGUCUUAAAGCAGGCGUUGGUGAAACAUACGGGCGUUAGAUCUGGUCAGAUUACCCUCGGUAAUGGUUCUAACGAUGUUCUCGAUCUGAUUGCCCGGGUUACCGUUGAGCCAGGGUGCCAGGCGGUCAUUUCUGAACACAGUUUUGUGGUCUACCGGCUGGCGGUAACAAUUGCCGGAGGUGGUUUGAUUGAAGUGCCGGCAAAAGAUUUUGGUACCGAUCUGGAAGCGAUGGCGGCGGCGAUCACACCUCAGACAACGGUGGUUUUUGUUGCCAAUCCGAACAACCCAACCGGUACCUGGGUUACCCAUAAUGCAUUCAAAGCCUUCCUUGAUAGUGUGCCCGAGCAUGUCUGGGUGGUGCUCGAUGAAGCUUACCUGGAGUACGCUGACCAUCCGGAAUAUCCUGAUGCCCUGGCGUUGCUGCAGGCUCAUCCGAACCUCAUUGUCACCCGAACGUUCUCAAAAAUUCAUGGGCUUGCGGCUCUGCGUGUCGGCUACGGUUUGUCUUCGGAAGCGUUUGCAGACCUGUUAAACAGAGCCAGGCAACCGUUCAAUGUUGGCAGCAUUGGUCUGGCGGCAGCAGCAGCUGCGCUGGAAGACCAGGAAUUUGUCAGUGUCAGCGUUGAUCUUAACAGUUAUCUGAAGCGCUCGUCCGUGUACACAAGCGCAAGCAAGCAAGCAAGUGAGUGGCUGUGCGGGUCGCUGGGUGCGGCCUGGCGUGCUGCAUCAUUUGCACGUCAUAUCGUCGGUGUUGAAACGAACCCCGUAGCAGCGAAGCUUGCUCUGGAGCUCGGACUGGUUGAUGAAAUAUGCGCAAACGUACCCCCGGAUGCUGAACUGAUUGCGAUAUGUACCCCUAGUGACCGUGUCGCAGAGCAGGUGAAAGCUCUGGCAUCGCUGCGGGUGCCGAUGUUUGACGUGGGUAGUGUGAAGGCACCGAUCAUCGAAGCGCUCCUUGCGGGCGGGGGUGUUUCACCAAAUUUUGUUCCCAGUCAUCCUAUCGCAGGCUCUGAUCGCAGCGGUCCCCAGGCGGCUGACGCCCAUCUGUUUGCCGGCGCAACAACGGUCCUGACACCGUUGGUUUCAACCGACAACAAUGCUUUACAGCGGGUUGAAUCAGCCUGGCGUGCCUGUGGCAGCGAAGUGACCCGUUUAUCGCCACAGGCGCAUGAUGAAAUGCUGGCGGUCACCAGCCAUCUACCUCACCUCCUGGCUUAUGUGUUCAUGCAGCAGGUAGACCCGGAUCAACUGGCUUACAGUGGAGGAGGUUUCCGCGAUUUCACGCGUAUUGCAGCGGCUAACCCCGAGCUGUGGUGGCGUAUUUUGUGCAUGAAUCGUCAGCAGGUGUUGGAUGCGGCAGCUGACUUUACGGCGCAUCUGCAGAGCUUCACUGAAGCAUUAGAGAAAAAUGACGAGGUACUGCCGGAUAUGACAGACAUUCCCGUUAUCACUAUUGAUGGUCCGUCCGGAUCAGGUAAAGGCACCCUGGCCAGACUGGUUGCGGACACGCUGGGCUGGCACCUGCUGGAUUCUGGUGCGCUAUAUCGCAUUGUUGGUGCCAUGAGCGUGCGUCGGGGUAUCGAUCUCGCAGAUGAAACCUCCGUGGCUGAAUUGGCGGGUGCGCUGCACAUCAGUUUUGCGGAUGAUCGCGUUAAGGUGGAAGACCUGGACCUCACCGAUGAAAUCCGCACUGAAGAUGCCGGUGAAAACGCCUCGAAAGUCGCCCAUCUGCCCGCGGUUCGCGCUGCUGUAUUUGAUCUGCAGCGCAGUUUCCGGCAAGCGCCGGGCCUGGUCGCCGAUGGCAGGGAUAUGGGUACCGUGGUUUUUACCGACGCAGCGCUGAAAAUCUUCCUUGAUGCCAGCGCUGAGGUGCGUGCUGAGCGUCGCUAUAAACAGUUGAAAAACAAAGGCUUAAGUGUUAGUUUGCGCGGCCUUCUCGAGCAGAUCCAAGAACGUGAUGCCCGGGAUCGAGGUCGCACGAUCGCCCCGCUGAAACCAGCCGCAGAUGCCAUCGUCCUUGAUAGUACAAAUAUGACUAUCGAAAUGGUGGUGCAGCAGGUCCUGUCUCAUGCUCAAAAACUGGGUUUGUGGCAGCCGAAGUAA